CAUUCCGUAGUGCAAUCAAAACAACAUGGCGGCUCACGGAGAUCUUUGAAUCCAACCAAAAUAAGAACAUGUUGCUCAUCUAGCCUAGUCGGCGAUACGCCAUAACCGAUUGCGUGCUAUGUGACGGUUGCUGGAGAAUCCUCGAUGUUUGGAAUGUUUCGCAGGCGACAGAAAGAACGUCAACAGGAUGAUAACAUCCCCGAGAUCACAGAUGAUCAGAGCAGAAAUCCAUUCACCGAGCUGACCCUGCUUACAUCCCAUGAAGAUAUCGUCCACCUCUUGAUGGUGAUUGACAAAACAAGAAUUGUCUCUGCAAGUGAUGACUGCACUGCAAUAAUUUGGGAUUGCAAGACAGGCAAACAGCUGCACACGCUGAAGGGCCACACCCGUCCCAUAACAUGUAUGAUGGUCCAUAAUCCUCCAGAGGAGUUUACCGUCCUGGAUGAUGAUUUGUCCUCAAUGCUGCUCUUGACUGGAUCUUCUGAUAAACUCAUAUGUGUUUGGGAUGUUGAUGAUGGACAGUGCUUGCACACUCUGACUGAACACAGUAUGUCAAUCAAGUGUCUGGUUAGCCUACAGGAGAUGAAUUGCUUUCUUUCUGGAGGACAGAGCUUGUGCUUAUGGGGAGCAAAUGGAGCUUUGCUCAGCAAGUUAGAAAGGAGUUCUGAACAUUCUGACAUCCAUACUAUGUUGCCAAUAAAGAACAACAGAGUAGUGGCAGCAUCGAACAAGACAUUAGUUGUGUAUUCAGUGAAGUACAGUGAAGACAGUUCAGAAGGUCCUAGCACCUUGCAGAUUGCAUUUUUCAGGAAGCUGUCCUCACAUAGGGAAGCUAUAAGAUGCCUUGUUCAUGUUGCAGACAGUAUGUUUGCCUCGGCGUCACUCGAUGGUGCCAUUGUACUGUGGAGCAGUCAUUCACUGUCUUCUACCAGACAACUAAACUUAAUGAAGAACUAUGAGGGAAACAGUCACAUGUACCCAUACAGUGUGCAGCAUCUUUUCAGUGUGGACCAGAGGUACAUCUUUGCAUCUAUUGGCCAUGGGUUUAUCUUGUAUGAUGCAGUAUCAGGUGCUUCACUAGCUGAGGUAAAAAAUGCUCAUUAUGGGAAGAUUGUGCAUUUACUUCUGCUUUAUGAUGGGUACAUGUUAGCUACUUGUUCUGAAGAUGGCUCCAUUCGCCUGUGGGGAGCUCCUUCACGCCCAGUUCUCUUUGAUGGUGACACCAGUAUCCUGCAGCUUGGAACGCCUGUUGAGAAAUUUCUCGGAAGAAGAUUAAAAGACUUGGAAAGCAUAUCAAAGCCAGUAGAACCCUGUCUACUUGGAGAAUGUCUGGCACAUUCAGGCAAAGUUAAUAUGGCUGUGGACUGUGGCUGUGAGGGUUUUGCGUCAUGCGCUAAUGACGACUUGGUGGUGCUUUGGAAGGAUGGAAGUUUACAAAGAAAACGAAGGAAUGAGAUAAUACAACAGAUGCUGUUUUACGAAAAUAGAGAUUUUUAGAUAAAAAGUAACCCGAUUUAUACGAUGCAUUUCAUCAAUGAGCGUGACAGUCUUACAUAGGAUGCAACAAAAUAAGAAUAAUAUGUUACGAGGUACGUGACCCAUUGUGACAGAGUCACAGUAUCACCUGUUGUCACGGUGUAACGCAAUCACCAUAUUACGUCACGCAACACAUGAUACAUUCAACCAGUACCUCAUACUCACGACACAAUAUCACCCAGUACACGUCAUAUAGCGUCACACAAUCAGUUUUACCUAUUGCGUUACACACAUGACACAUUGCGUUACAUAAUGUGUAACACAAGACCAAACUUGAUCAGAUAUCAAAAAAUAUAUAUUAUUACUUUUAUGUAAAGAAUAGGAUUGAUUUUUAUAAAAAAAAUAUUCUAUUAUUAUUUUUACAGUCGAUGUAAAUUUAAAGUGAGAUGAAACUAUCUCAAAUAAAAGUGUAGCUCUAAGAGCACGAUAUCACUGAGAAAA